UGGAAAUAAGGAAUUAAAAAAAUAGCUUGGUACCCGAGCUCAGGAAGCUCGAGUACCAGAAAAGCCCGUUGUCCCCCCUGUUACCCACAAACCAAACCAUUUGUUAGAGUGCUACCCACACUUACACUUUCUCAAACUCCCUCUCAAUCUCAGAUAUCACUUUCUCAAACUCCCUCUCAAUCUCGCCAUCACUUUUUCAAUCUCCCUCUCAAUCACGCUAUCAUCUUCCUCACGCUCUCAUUCUGAGUCUCGUUCUUGUUCUUGCUCUCGGUCUCGCUCGCGGUCUCCCUCUCAGUCUCGCCGGUCUCGCUCGCGGUCUCCCUCUCAGUCUCGCCGGUCUCGCUCGCGGUCUCCUUCUCAGUCUCGCCGGUCUCGCUCGCACUGUCACUGUCGGUCUGCAUCUUCAGUUUGGAUUCACCAGAUAUGGACCCACAUGGAGCUAUACAGACUUUGUGCACGAGGCAGGAUAAGCAUCGUUCAAGUUUGCUUUUGGAUGCUCAUUUGGAAGGCGAGGAAGUGCCAGGUGUAUUGACUUGUCGUAACCGAGACAAAGGUCUGCUUCAAGGAGGGGUAGAUGGGUUAGAUCCACGAAUUCUCGCUUAUAUCACUGAUGCGGGGUUAGAUGGGCUGCUUCGGGUCCCACGUAUGGACAUUGACCACGCAUUGAUCACAGCGUUGGUGGAGAGAUGGCGGCCGGAGACGCACUCAUUUCACUUGCCCCACGGUGAAAUGACUAUCACACUACAAGAUAUGGAGGUUAUAAUGGGGGUACCUGUAGAUGGCUUGCCGUUGGUGGAAUCUAUACCCUCGACGGGCAGUUGGCGUGACGUCUGCAGAAGAUUGCUAGGGUGUAUACCGCCGCCACAUAGAGAACUUAGAAACAACAAAAAGAACACUGGAGUGCUGGAAGGGGCGAGCAUAAAAGCCAAAUGGCUUGAGGAUCAGUUUCGCGACCCUCUCCCGGUUGACGCCCCUGAGGCGCUUGUGCAGAAGUAUGCUCGUUUUUACAUAUUGGAGUUGUUAGGUGGUACGCUAUUUAUGGAUAAGUCUGGAGAACGGAUCUCAGUUAGGUAUUUGCAAUAUUUCGAUCCAAUCAGCAACGGAAAGAAGUAUAGUUGGGGUAGUGCAGCACUAAGUUGGCUCUAUAGACACCUCUGUAAGGCAUCAGAGAAGACAGCCAAGCAGAUUGGGGGUGCACUACUAUUGGUGCAGUUGUGGGCGUGGGCGAGGUUUCCCCACAUAUGUCCUGUGAUGAGGCAUCCACACCAGGCACUGCCUCCAGGUCCACUUGCUGUCAGAUGGAAAGGGGCUAAGAUAACAACUGAACAUUCGAUGCACGUCCUACAUGCCUAUCGUGUGUCGCUUACUUCACUGCGGCCAAAUCAGAUUGUUUGGGAGCCGUACAGAAAUUAUUUGCGUUCUCUACCCGCAUACUGUACGGCAGGCCAACGUAUAUGGAGGUCUAUUGUGCCGCUGAUACAUUUUUGGGUGGUUGAAGGCCAUCAUCCCGAACGUGUUCUCCGACAGUUUGGGAUGAAGCAAGGCAUACCACAAGAUGUUGAUACUUCAAUUGAACUGCACAAGAUCACCCUCCAGGGCAAGCACGAAAAAGAUUGGGCCCGAAUACAUGCCCCGCAUAUUGCUAAAUGGGCUGCGCACGCCAGAAUUGCCAAUGCACCGACCUUUCAUGGGGAGAUGAACUACAAUGACGAGUAUUUGGUUUGGUUUCGUCCCCGCACUAUUCGCCAUAUUACAAAAGAGACUUCGUACUGGGACACUUUGGUUGAAUCACAGUUGCACAUUAUAACGAAGUGCGAACCAGGGUCUGAGAUCUACACCGACUGUAUUAAUGCCUUGCAAGCUGUUGAAGAGAUCGGUCGGUUAUCCUUGGACCGUGCACGUGUCGUGGGCAACACAAGUUCACCAGCUGUACGACGUGGUCGGCAAGCAAGUGGACGUCAAGGGCGUGGAGGAUCCACUUCUAGCCAGCGUCAUACAUCUAGUCGGCCUCCCACAUCUGGUCAGCGUCACACACCCGUGCCCACAUCUAGUCGACGUCCCACAUCUGCUCAGCGUCCUACAUCUGGUUCGCGUCACACACCCGUGCCCACAUCUAGUCGGCGUCACACACCCGUGCCCACAUCUACUCGGCGCCACACACCCGUGCAUGACCACACCAUGGAGGAAGCAAGUCAGACAACAGAUGAGAUGUGGGACGACACUGCUUAUGACGUAGGCUCCAUGGCACACGAUGAUGCGGGUCCAUCCCAUACGUUUGCCCAGAGAGACACAUUUGGGUCCCCAUCCAUGAGGAGCGAUGGUACUUGCCCACCCACACCCCCUAGUACAUCUUUGUUGCCCACCACCUGUACGUCUCCCCCACUGACUGCCGGCCCUGCCCCCGGAGUUUUAGAUGAUAGAGAUGAGAUGAGGUUCAUGCCCACUCCUGGGCGACCCACCCCUGUUGCUGUCCCCCCUGAGUUUGUGCAUACCGAGUUUAUCCAGACACAGAUACCCAUCCCCCCAGCAGAGCCUUCGCACAUCGAGGAUCGGCCACGAAGGCCGCAACGCACACGGACACAUCCUCCUGACUGUGGGACUGGACAUGGCAAGGUGAGACCAGUGAAGGAACCGGUGAGGAGAAGAAAACGAGAAUGAUUCAAGGGUAGAAUUUGUGCUACUUUGGGUUGGUAAUGGUAUAGGAUCUUUUUGUCAUGUAUCGGAUCUUCUUGUAUAUAUUUUAUAUGAUGAGCCACUAUUAUGCAAUCCACAUGGAUUACAAGAUAUAGACUGGAAUGUUAUAGGCAUUCUUAUAUAGAUGAUUUCAUGGUAGUGGUUGAUAAGCAUUGUGCAUGCUUUAGUAAGCAUUGUGGCAACAAUCAGUUGUUAUGGGAUGUUUCUAUUAAUGGGUAUUUGCUAAUUGUAGAGAUGAAUGUAGAAUGUUUAGAAAUGCAAUACAAGGAAACUUUUUGUUGAAGUUGGGCGUAACGAAUGUAGAUGCAAUUAAAACUGUGAAUUUUAUUAUUAAUUGUGUGUUCAGCCUCUAGAAAGGGUCUACGAAGUGGAAUUAUUAACAUUGUUUAGAUUUAGGUCCAAUGUAGAGUGGAUUUGGCGACCCAAACCUUUCAAAUCUCGCCUGUCAAGGGCUGGAAUUUUUAUUGUGUAUUUGUAUAUUUAUCAAAUUUUUCACCUUUGAAACUUAUGAGGAACCCUUUAUUGUAAAGGUCAGCUACUGCCAUAUCAAAUUAGACGGGGGGGGAAUUUUCAGGUUCAGUUGAGCAGUUACAAGUUUUGGAAGGAUUUUUUGUUCAGUACCUACAUACUACUAAUUUUUUUUUUUGGUAAAAGGUACCAAAAGGCUGGGACAAGUUGGUUGUAUCUAUUAUCUCUAUUGAAACUGGGAAAACAAUUGCGAAGUCAAGCAAAGCACUUGUACAUAAUGGAAGUUGUCAGUGGACGGAUUCUAUUUCAGAAACUAUAUGUUUUUUGCAGGAUGACUCUUCAAAGGAGCUACAGGAUUGUUUCUUCAAGCUUGUUGUCUCCAUGGGUUCAACUAGAUCUGGCAUCCUUGGAGAGGCUACAGUCAAUAUGACAGGCUAUAUGAGUUCACCUGCUCCUGUUCCAGUUUCACUAAGAUUGAAAAAGUGCAAUCAUGGGACAAUUUUACAAGUAUAUUAUCAUUCCUAUCAUAGCGGAGAAGCACAUAAAGAGUAUUGUGUGAUCAUAGAAUACUUAUGAAGUUGAAGGAAAAUUUUUAUUAGACUGCUAUUAGACUCCGUAUGCGUUGUGGUAUUGAAAGUGAGACUGGGAAGAAGUAACAUAUUCAUGCAAAAACGAGAAUAUUAAAAUGAAUAGGUGGAAAUACACAGAAAGAUAGGAUUCGAAAUGAGGAAACUAUUUUAAAGAUCAGUGUGUAACAAAGGUUCAAGCCCUUGAAGAAGAAUUAAAGCUGAUGAAGGACGGGAAGCAGAACCACAGGGAGUCCAGCACUAUGAAGGUUCCUAGUUUGUCUAAAACCCAUGCUAAAGUUACUCCUGUCCAUGAAGAUAUGAAGCCCUCAAAGAAGAAUGAAGUGGUGAAAAACACUAGUCAGCAACGUGAUAAUAAAAAUAAGCAAUCCUUGAAGAAUGCUCAAGUACAAGAACUUGCAAAAGAUCAUCAGAAGCUUUGUAGCAACCAAUAUCAAAGAGAGGAUGGUAGUGGCAAUGAGAUUCUUGAUGAAAGUCCUCUUGCUGUUGGAGUCGAUCCUGCUUCAAAGAUUCAGUUGCUUGAGCAUGAACUUGCCAAGGCUAUGGAAGCAAAU